AUGGCUCACCAACCUACACCAACUAAACCACAAGAGGAAGAGCCUCGAGUUGAGAUCAUUGAACGCGAGGAAGAUAUCAUCGCUGGAUUUGACUGUGCCUGCAAUGCGUUUGGCAACCAGGUUCGCGAUGCUCUUUGGAUAGCUAUGAAUCCCGGAUGGGACACUCCCGAGGGUAGAGCCCGUGCCGCAGCAAAGUUGGUCGAGAAAUGGCGCAAUGUCACAUACGACAACGAGGGAAAUGCAAACACUAUUUUUCUCAAGGCUACUAUUUCCAAUCAAGGACGACCAGUUGUGGCUGGGCUGGCAGUCUGGGAUCAGUUAUCAAUAGUUGAAGGUCAUGGCGAACGGCCGUCUGAUGACCAACAUAUCUUAUCAAAUAUUCAGUCACUUUAUCCAGGUGACGAAGUCGAGCAGCGUUACCUUUUCCAGGUUAUGCGUUCGUUUGUGAAGCGCCGUGUUGAGGUUGUCAAAGAAAAGGCAACAUCACAUCCACCGGCGGUGAUGCAUCUCCGCUCGUGCUCCGUCGAUCCAGCUUACCAACGAAGGGGAAUUGCACUAAAACUAGCCCAAUGGGGUCUUGACGAAGCACGACGGCGUGGCGGUUUAGAAGCUGUUACCGAAGCAUCGAGUAUGGGAAGGCAUGUCUACUCCCGUCUAGGCUUUCAUGGCGAAGGGCCGGAUAUGGAGUACGAAGUUGAUAGCGAAUUCCUCUCACGAGACAGGCCACCCAACCUCUUUAUGCGUACUGGAAUCAGCCAAUAG